CCUACCGUAAACCUGCCUCCACACGGAGAGGAGUCCCUUACCGAAUAUCAUCACAUUCCUCCGCACAGGAAGACCCAGACAGGGACACGUUGUGGAUUUUAAUGACUGAGUUAAUAAUUUAUCUAGCGUUACUACUCUCGGGGAGUUUGGUCAUCUUAUCCCCCUUUAAAGGGCAGCUGCAGUGCUGGAUAGAGAAUAUCGACAAGGUGUGUGUAGGUGGUCUCUCCCAGCCCCUCUCUGGAUGCAUCAGACUCCUCUACCCCGGGGACCUGGACCCGGUGUGUGAACCCCACUCCCUCGCCCCUCUCUCCCCCUCUCCCCUCUCCCCUUUGCCCCUCUAUCCCCAACUCCUUUCUACCCGUCCACCUUUGCCCUCCUACUCUGGGCCCCCUGCCUCUCGACUGGCGGGCAGAGGCAGGGGGCCAUGGCGCCAUGGUAACCCACAGCCAACACAGCCCCCCCGCCAUGAGCAACGUGACCCCCUCAGAGGGCGGGGGUCAGGGGUCAAACCUUACCCCCCAUCACUACAAGCCCUUCAGCUCGCACGCACACUACCAGCAGGUGAUGCGUGCACUGCGUAAACUCCAGGAGAGUGGGUUUUACUGGGGGGCAGUGGGGGGCCGAGAGGCCAGCUCCCUUCUGCGCUCUGAACCCCCCGGCACCUUCCUGGUCCGAGACUCCUCUGACCACCACCAUUUCUUCACCCUCUCCGUCCAGACGGCCCGCGGAACCAAGAACCUGCGCAUCCACAGCGAGGGAGGGGGCUUCUUCCUCCAGCCGGACCCCCGCAGCACUCACGAACCCCCGCAGUUUGACUGUGUGCUCAAACUCAUUGCCCACUACAUGGGCAAGGGGUCAGAUGCAAAAGAGAGAGACGAGGCGGCCGGUGGGCCGGCGAGUGAGGUGGGAGCCAAAGGGGGCAGCGUUUAUCUGAUCCACACCGGGGGUGAGAGGAUUCCCCUGGAGCUGCGCAGGCCCCUCUCCUCCUCUCUCUCCUCCCUGCAGCACCUGUGCAGGAGGACGCUGAACAACAGAGGAGGUCUUGAUGCUGCGGAGGGAGCCGAGCGGCUCCCGCACACGCUCAGAGACUUCCUGGAGGAGUAUGACGCUCCUAUAUGACUGACAGAGAACUGUAGGGGCACUGCUUUCAAAGGGGCUGCAUGCCUUAAGGGUGGCAGACAGUGAUUGCAGUUCUCAGUGUGUGUACGUAUGUGAAUAUGUGUGCCAUUGGGGACUGAACAGCCGAAGCCUUUAGAUAUGAAUCUGAAGUCAGUGCCAGGUCAGUUUGACCCAGAGCCUCCCACUGACCUGUUAGCUGGUAAGAUGAGCGUCUGGAUGGGUAACCUCGGAUACCUAAACCCCUCUCCUUCACAAAAUGUACCGCCAGACAAUGGGCGGGAGGUCCUUUUGGGUGUCUCAGACGCAGAGCAGAGCCUCGUAGUACCCGAUUGGUCGAUAUUAACGAUGACAGUGACAGCCUGAUCAAUAUGCCUCAAUGAUUUCUGUGGUUUUGGCAUGAUGAAGAUUCCUCUCCUCUCCCAUCUCCUCCUCUCCUUAACCCCUCCUCACGUCUGACAUUUAGAACAGUUCGGAUCACUGGACAGAGAGAAUGAGAGCAAAGAACAGGGAGGUUUAGAGGGAGAGAAACGAGAGACGAGUCGUGGCCAGUAGGCGAAGUCCAAAUGACUCAAAGCAGAAAGAAGAAAGUGUUUAUUUGUCUGUGCCUGCUCUAGUGUGUGUGUGCGUGUGUGUGUGCGUGUGUGUGUGUAAAAGUGUGUGUGUUUGUAUGUUGUGGUGGUGCACACAUUUCCAUUUGCUGUUGCCCAGCCAGUAUUGCCUCAUAGAUGGGUGUGGGGUAGACAGAAAACACACUAGACUCUCUCUCUCGCUCUCUCUCUCUCACAUACACACACACACACACACACACACACACACACACACACACACACACACAAGUAAAAGCAAAGGCAAAAGCACACAGGUUGGUUUUGUUAGUCUGGUUACAAGGAUGGAGCAUGUCAAUUAAUUUUAAUUAUUCUUACUCUGCCACUUCUUCCACCCUCAUCCCAUCCUUUUGUCUCUCUGAAUAUAUAUGCUUUGACUGUGACAGAGAGCAGACUGUUGUUACGGAGACAAAAGCCUUGGCAAGGGACCAAACCAAACAGCAGACCCUAUUUUUAUCCAGUUCAUCUUAAAAAACACAUACACUCACACUCAAACGUGCACACACACACACACACGGCCACUGUGCUGCAGUCGUCGC